UCACGCGGGUCACGCGUCUCCCACACGCAGCGAGCGCAUCUUCUUCUCUUCUCCGCUGCGUCGCCGCCGGACAGCAGCGCCGAAACGAUGGAGGGUUGGGACAAGGGGACGAAGAGCACGGUGGGUGAGAUCCCGCUGCUGGCAACGCGGGCGGGUCCGCGGGACGGCGAGGCGUGGCGGCAGCGGCUGAAGGAGGAGUACCGCGCGCUGAUCGCCUACACGUCGGUGAACAAGGCCAAGGACAACGACUGGUUCCGCAUCGCCGCAGCCAACCCGGAGGGCACCCGCUGGGAGGGUACCUGCUGGUACGUCCACAACCUCCGCCGCUACGAGUUCCCGCUCCAGUUCGACAUCCCCGUCGCCUACCCCCAGGUCGCCCCCGAGAUCGAGCUCCCCACCCUCGACGGCAAGACCCACAAGAUGUACAGGGGAGGGAAGAUCUGCCUCACCGUGCACUUCAAGCCGCUGUGGGCUAAGAACUGCCCGAGGUUCGGGAUCGCGCACGCGCUGUGCCUCGGCCUCGCGCCUUGGCUCGCGGCGGAGGUCCCGAUCCUGAUCGACUCGGGCAUGGUGAAGCACAAGGAUGACGAGGCGGCUCCUGCCGAGGCAUCUGCUUCUGCUGCUCCAUCUUCCUAGUUGCAACUUGCAACAGAGUUGUUGUCUGAUGAGCCAAGUAAUGAUUGGAAAUCAACUCGGUGGUGAACCACCAAAUAAGAGCAAUACUUGCAUGCCUAAACAGCAUGUUCCAUGUUUGCUGAUUGCUGACUGUGAUUUGGUGCUCUUGGAUGCACUAGUUUUGUAGGCCAUCUGACUAAUACCAUCUGAGAAAACUGAAUUGCUUAACAAAGUAGUCCGGAUAGUUUCAUUGGUUGGAUGCCAUAUCUGUUCGUGGAUUUUAGUUUUUUUGCAGAUUCUUUUAGUAAUUCACCAUUUUUUGUUGGAUGUGUAGUCAUCUGUGGUGCAGCUGUAUUUGAGAUUUGCAAUUGCUUAAUAUUUUUCUAGAAA